AUGUAGCUUCUCAAACUUGUUACUCCCGCUCUCUCUAGCAACAUUGAAUUUCUCAACAUGACUAAAGAAAAGUGGGAUACUUUCGACAGAGCCUUUGGCACUAAGUACAUCAUUACUUUUAUGAAAAAUAUUUUCAGAAAUAUCAUGAAUAUAUGUGGCACCAUCUCUCUUUUUCAUGUCACACUUCUCGUCAUGCAGAAGCUUGACAAUCUACUUGAUUAGUACCAACCUAUUACGCCAGACAUCAUUCAACGACGCUACUACUAGGAAUUCUUGAUAACUAUAUAUUUUGAUACGAUUGAUUUGACUCUAGCUUCUUAGGUACGAGGCUCGAUAUUAAAUGACAAGACCUCUCUAACAUUAGUGAAAUUUUUUAAUGUAGUCAAAAGAGUAGCUCCUCUUGUUUCCACAUUGACUACGACAUUGUUGAAGAUAUCAUCACCGGUCCGUGA